AUGACUGUCCUCACACCUAGUAUUGAUGACAUCAAAGCAUCCAUUGACGCUGCCUUGGAGACACUCCAUGCUCCCCUGCGUAAAAUCAACAGAGAGAUAUGGUCCAAUCCGGAGACCGCAUACCAAGAGCAUCGUGCCCACGAGACAAUCUGUGCCUUUCUCGAAUCUCAAGGGUGCACCGUGACCCGCCAGGCGUAUGGUCUCGACACUUCCUUCGAAGCCAUUAGCGGCUCUGGCGGUCGGCUCAUCAACUUCAAUGCUGAGUACGAUGCGCUUCCUGGGAUCGGGCAUGCCUGUGGGCACAACCUGAUCACAACAAGUAGCGUGGCUGCCUUCCUCGCUCUGUCUGCUGUGUUGAAGAAAUACGGAAUCCCAGGUCGGGCACAACUGUUAGGGACACCAGCGGAGGAGAAUGGCGGUGGAAAGGCCAAAUUGAUCGAAGCCGGAGCGUACAAAGGCGUGGAUAUCUCCCUCAUGGCCCACGCUGGGCCGAAAAAGCUCUUCCCCGGAGUUGACUCCGAUGGAGUUGCUGGUGUCCUCUUGAACGCGCGCAAAGAGAUCCAUUGCACAUUUACGGGAAAAUCCGCACACGCUGGUGGCAAUCCCUGGGAGGGAAUCAACGCGCUCGAUGCCCUGGUCAGCGCAUACAAUAACGUGGCUGUGAUGCGUCAACAGAUGCAGCCUGACGAACGAGUUCACGUCGCAUUCCUGGAGACCCCAACUGUGGCUAAUGUGAUUCCGGCGAGAACGAAGGCGUAUUGGCAGGUGCGCAGUCCAACAUUGAAGGGGCUGAAUCGGCUGAUGGGAAAGGUGAGAAACUGCAUCGAGGCUGGGGCGUUGUCAUCCGGAUGCAAGGUAGAAAUUGUUGAGGAUCAACUGUACACGGACAUCAAGAUCAACGAGACACUUUGCGAACGGUACGCCACGCACAUGGCUAGGUAUGGACGCCACAUCACCCCGAGCCAUGACAAGGUUCUCACUGGGUCCUCGGAUAUUGGAAACGUGAGCUAUCUCAUUCCAACGCUGCAUACCACGUUCGCCAUCACCGACCAAGAAGGCUCAUUUCCGCACCAUCCCUCGUUUGCAGCUGCAGCUGGAACCGACACAGCGCAUGACGAAUCUGUCAUUGUGGGCAAGUCCUUGGCGAUGAUCGGAUGGGAGAUGCUGGCAGACGAUAGUUUGUUCGAACUGGCUAAGAAGCAGUGGGAGAUUGCUGUUGGUGAAUAA